AUAGGCAGCCUGGUAGUAUGUAUAGUAAAUAUUUCUAUUUUUAAUAAUUACAGGUCAUCCGGCACAGUUCUUAGAGCCCUGGAUCUCAGCUAUAACCAAUUGGAUAAAGUGCCACUUAAAUCAUUUUCCAAUAUAAAAAAUUUGGAUUGGCUUAAUUUACACGGAAAUAACAUAGAGGUUGUGGAAACGCACUGGAAUCAUUUGCAAGAUACGCUACAACAUUUGUUUAUUGGAGAAAAUGAUUUAAUGUCAUUUCCAGAACAAUUUUCAAAACUCCGAACUUUAUCUACACUAAAUCUAGAUAAUAAUUUGAUCACGUCUAUUCCAUCUAAUAUUAGAACUCCUCCAACGCUUGAAACAUUAAGCAUAUCAAACAAUUUUCUACAAGAUUUUCCAUUGUCACUAUUAGAAACUGGAACUGCAUUAAACAGAUUAUACAUCCGAGACAAUUAUAUAGAAAAUAUGACAAAAAUAAUUCCAAAUAGAUUUGUUAAAUUAGAUGUAUUAGAUUUUGGCAUGAACCGAUUAGAGAGUUGGUCAGGUCGAAUGUUUGGUGGUCGCUCAGAAGUACGAAAUCUACACUUAGAUAUGAAUCGAUUAGAGUCACUGGAUGCUAAUGCAUUUGAUGGAUUGCGGUCUGUUCGGAUGUAUCUGUCAUACAACAAGUUAAAAAAUUUGAAUCACAAAACAUUUGAAGGCCUUGAAAGAAUACUAGAGUAUUUGGAUUUGGAACAUAAUAAUUUACGAAUAAUACCUACAGCAAUAAGAACAUAAAAUUUAAAAUUUUUGUAUUUAUCAUCAAAUGAUCUCAAUAAAUUAGAUUCAGCAGAUUUCACAGGCGUGUCAUCAAGCUUGAGGUCACUUUCACUAUCUGGAAAUCUCCUUACGGAAAUUCCAAGCCAUGCAUUGAUGAACUGCACUAAACUAUCACAUUUAAAUUUAGGAUAUAAUUUCAUUAGGGAAAUAAAAGAAAACGACUUUGGAGAAUGGGCCAGGCACCUUGAUACUUUACUACUGAUGAACAACAAGUUAAAAGAACUCAUCGGAAGACCUUUCAAGAACACGAAUUCUCUUCGGGAAUUAAGCUUAUCUUUUAAUAAUAUUCAUUACGUAGAUGCCGACGUAUUUUUAGAUUUAGCAACAUCAUUAGAAAGUUUAGAAAUUAGUUUCGGUGUUUACUACGACAACUUUCCAGUUAAAAUACUUAGACAUCUCAAGUCUUUGUUGUGGUUAGUACUUGAUAAUAACGAUAUUUCAUCUGUGCCAUUUGAUUCAUUGCAUUCGCUAGAUAGUCUUCAAUAUUUGAACUUGGAGUCUAAUAGAAUAUCUGUAUUGGCUCCUAGGACAUUUAGCUCACCUAACCAAACUGAUCUUCGUGAAGUAAGACUGAAUCAAAAUUAUUUAAUGUCCUUAGAACCAAACACGUUUUCCAAUCUACAGCAACUACAGACAAUUACUAUAUCUAGAAACAAAAUUAUUGAAGUAAUGUCACAUUCCUUUAAAGAACUUCCAAGACUACUCAAUAUUGACUUAUCAUAUAAUCAAAUUGAAUACAUUCAGCCAUCGGCAUUUGACAGUUUACCAAAUUUUAAACGUCUUGAUUUGCAAGGAAAUCAACUGAAGGAAUUGCGAAUGACGUCAUUUGUAAAUUGCACUAAUUCAAAAACGCCAUUGUCUUUAAACGUAUCCAACAAUUGUAUCGAAAGAACGCCUAUUGAUGAUUCAUUGACGCCCGUUCACAUAAAGAUUUUAGACCUUAGUCAUAAUAGUUUACAAGAUUUACCAUUUAAAUUGUUGUAUUUUAUAUCUAGCUCACUUAGAAACUUAUACUUAGAUCAUAAUCGGAUAACCAAAAUAUAUAACUCUGAGUUCAUAAAUUUAACGAACUUGGAAGUACUCUCAAUCACCGAAAAUGGUAUGACAUCAAUAGCGUCAAAAGCAUUUAGUAAUUUAACUUCUUUGCAAAUACUAUAUUUAUCUGGUAACAAGAUACAACAAUUAUCGUCCGAACAGUUUGCAACAUUACCAAAACUUAGAGUAUUAUCUUUAGCCCGGAAUCGGCUAAGCACAUUAAGUUGGGAUGUAUUAUCAGGAACGCCAUUAGAGUAUAUUGAUCUAUCCAAUAAUGAAUUACUCGCAGUGCCAGCUGGUGUAUUAUUGAAAACUGGUACAACUCUAAGACAUCUUUUAUUGGCUGGUAAUCGGAUAGAUCAUGUUGAUGGGACAACGUUUUUUGAUGUGCCCAGAUUAGCUAAUUUAAGUUUGGCAAAUAACAAAUUGACAAUAAUUCCAGACAACACUUUUGUUGGACUCACAAAUCUUAUUUCAUUAGAUUUGUCUUCAAAUACCCUAAGAGCAAAUUUCAAAGAACUUUUCCACUAUGUACAAAACGUUAGGCAUUUAAACCUGGAAGAUACGGGGCUAAUCGAAACGCCACCUUUACCACUUCCCAGUUUAAUUUCUCUUCGACUGUCAAAAAAUAAAUUAGAAAAAAUAUCCAGAUCUUCAAUGGAAAUGUUGACCCGGCUCAAGACAUUGUUCCUAAAUGACAAUAAAUUAAGUUCUUCUCCGUCACACGUUUGGUCAUUAUUACCAUCAUUGAAAACAUUGGAUCUAUCUUCAAAUCCUAUAAAAACAAUAACCAAAGCAAGUUUUUCGGGCUUGUCCCGUUUGCAGCAUUUACGAGUCCAACAACUCAAUUAUUUAGAUCGUUUUGAUGUGGGAUCACUAUCCAAGUUGUCCACGCUCCGGUCAUUAGCCACUGAUUGGCGACCCAACCUUGGACAAAUCGUAUGCGCUGCUGUUAAGUCAAUCCGCAGACUAUCGGUUCACGUGAAAGGUUCUAAAUUAAUGGGACCAAUAGUCGACACCUGCGGUCCCAAAUUAGAAUCCGUGGCCAUUACGGGAUCAAAGUUGCAAUUCAUUGACCGGCAGGUAUUCUCAGGUCUAGAGCGUGGGGUCGGUGAACGACUAACAAUCAGCAUACGGCACACUGCAAUUGAAGAUUUGCCUGCCGAUCUAUUGCUACCACUGGUUGGCGUACCAAAACUCGCAUUGGAUUUGACUGGUAACAAGCUUACAUCGUUCAAUCCACUGACCAUAUAUUCCAAUUACACCACAUGGGAAAACUCUGGGACAAAUAUAUUGAAAGGUGGUCUGUACCUGGACGACAACCCCCUGCAGUGCGACUGCGGGCUGCUCUGGCUGGGCCAGUGGCUGCGCCGGUGGCUCCGGGAGGCGGUGCAGGUGCACACCCUGGGCAUGGCCGAGACGCAGCUGGCCCAGUGGACGGCCCGGCGGGCCACGUGCGCCGACCCCAGGAACGGCGGGGCCCGGGUGCCCGUGGCCGACAUCUACCCGGAGGACCUGCGGUGCAAGGCGAGCGCGCUGAGCGGCAGCGGCACCGGCAACACGGCGGCCAAGACUUCGCAUCUGAUCGUCUGCCUGGCCCGUUCACUGGCAGUGUUCUACCUGGUCACCGUCUGGUGCAACGUUUACUGAACCAACGACAGGAGACGUCGUCGACCGUUCACCAACGCGUACUUACAUAAACUUUAUAAUAUUAUUGUGUCGCUGUGCUGUCGUAUAAAAUCGUGUUUUCGUUGUCAUGUACUGUCGUUGGUCAGAGUCAGUGACGUCCUCAGUGAGACGGCGGGGGCAAAAGGAAGGACUCUCGCGGUCAUUUUCGUUUUAUUUUAUCGUUCUACUCUUAUAGGUACUCUUUUCGACCAGCAAUAUGUAUAGUGUAUAUAUUAUAUCGAGUUCAAUCCUCCCCCACUCCUAGAAAUCGGACCGGGGACGCCACUGGCCCUGACUAUAUAUAUACACCCCCUCGGGACCCACUGCCAGUGAUGCGCGACUCGGAUUGAUGACAGUGCGUGUGGUAGGGCUGUGUGCGUAUGGUAGGUUCGGGUAAAUCAUUUUCUAAUCCAUUUUUAAGCGAUACCUUAUGUUUGCCUCACUUCUUCCCCCACCGCUGAAAGAUUACGCCUGUACCUAUAUAGUUGUGGGCGAGCGCUGUCAUUGAAAAAAAUAAAAUAUUAUCACUCUGUUUUAUUCUCAUCGUCGUUGGUCUGAGUGCAAACCUUGAUCGUUCCCGGCGGAUGAAGGGUUGACCACCCUCCCCAUUCACUUCACUUGCGCUCCCUGCACGUACGGGGUAAUGGCGUUGUAUUUGCAUACGAGCGUGACCCACCGCGAUCCUCUAAAAUGUGAGAUAUAUUUUCCUAAUCGAAACAUAUUUUCCCACAUUCACCUCCGACCAUUAACACACACACAUACCCAUGAGAAGUCACGUCGUCAUAUUCCUGAUCGUAUAAUGCUCGCACGGUCCACCCUCGACGAAUUUGGUCCGGACCAAGCCCUUGCUCUCCUACCCCAACCGGCGGAACCCCAUCACACUAUAUCGCCACACCAUGGCUAAAUUUUCAAGGUUUUCGUUUUGUUAACCGUCUGAUCGCAGGAUCGCAAAGAACCCUUCAUAAUGCAAGCAACGUCAUCGUCGUGACCAUGGUAGUCGCCUAGUGAAUUCGCGAAAUUAUCAUUAGGAUUUGUAUAUUGUUAUUUUUUAUUCGGUAAUAUUUCGUCUUCACAGGGAAAACGCACCGGACGUUUCGGAUGUAACAUGGUACCUACGGAUUUCCAGGUAUCAGAGCGUAUGUAUUCCGAACGGUUAGUUAUUAUUCCAUUAUUAUACCAUUAUCUAUACUUAUAAGAAUGUUUUAGGUACUAUGAAACCGACUAUCAUUGUUUAUUACGAUCGAAAUAAUAUUACAAGGUUUGCGAUAAUACAAUAUGUAGGUAUCAAUUAAUUUUGAUAAUCGCAGAUUUUUUUUAAUUUUAUGUACCAAAUAAAAAAAUUUGAAU